AACGAAGAAAUCAAACUAGCCAACUGUCGUCUAUGGUGGACACUCGAUUCGUAACCUCCAAACGAUGGACGACGCUGCGGAAAACGUCAAAGAAAUAAAGCACCACAAGCAAGACAGUUAUUGUAUCACCCGACCGGCUUACCGUCAGGGUAGGAAAUUAACUGCAGUAAAGGUUUACACGGUGAACAACGAGUCGCAACACCUUUACGUGUACGGCGUGCCGAAAAUCGACCUGCGUAAGGAACUGAGGCAACUCUGCGUUAAGUACGGGGAGGUUUCGCGCGUCGCCGUAGUCGAGGACGUGAAAACCGAAAUUUUUACCCAAUGUUUCCACGUCGAAUACAAGAGGAUACAGUCGGCCCGUAUCGCUAAACGUCUGCUGGACACGAGGUCGUUUUACGGUGGAAUUUUGCACGUGUGUUACGCGCCAGAAAGUGAAACUGUUGAUCAGACCAGAUCGAAGCUGUCGCAAAGGAGACGGGACAUUUUAAAUAGGCUGGGCGGAUGA